UCUCGUGACCCGGAUAUGUCGACCGAAGAUGAUGGGACCCACGUUGUACGUUCAGAUCGGGUCUGGAUUUGGCGUACCAGGACGUCAAGUUUGCCCCGCUUGUAAUACCGCUUAGGUAUGCGUGACAGGCAUUCAGUUCAACUACGAAAACAAACUGAAGCCCUAUCGUUUCUCACCAGUUUAUGGUCUUGCUGUGGCUCUGACUGCUGGCGCACCACCUUCCUUCCUCCUGCACCUCCCCGCACCAAGAGCUAAGGUAGGUGGUGGCCCACUCACUUGGUUACUAAUACACAGUGGCAUCAGCUGACUGCUGACAAGUCCUUGAGCAGUGUGAAAUGGGACGGACAUCAAAGGACAAGCGGGAUGUCUACUACCGUCUGGCCAAGGAGAAUGGCUGGCGGGCCCGCAGUGCCUUCAAGCUGUUACAACUCGAUGAAGAAUUCCAGCUCUUCCAAGGUGUGACACGGGCAGUUGAUCUAUGUGCAGCCCCGGGCAGCUGGAGCCAGGUGCUAAGCCAGAAGAUUGGGAGCCAGGGGUCUGGACAAGUUGUGGCUGUGGAUCUGCAGGCUAUGGCUCCACUACCAGGUGUGGUACAGAUCCAGGGAGACAUCACCCAGCUUUCCACUGCCAAGGAGAUCAUCCAGCACUUUGAGGGCUGCCCUGCGGACCUAGUGGUGUGCGAUGGGGCUCCCGACGUUACUGGCCUCCAUGAUGUGGAUGAGUACAUGCAGGCCCAGCUCCUCCUAGCCGCUCUGAACAUUGCUACACAUGUCUUGAAGCCAGGGGGCUGCUUUGUGGCCAAGAUAUUCCGAGGGCGGGAUGUGACCCUGCUUUAUAGCCAGCUGCGGGUCUUCUUCUCCAAUGUGCUCUGUGCCAAGCCCAGGAGCAGCCGGAACUCCAGCAUUGAGGCCUUCGCUGUCUGUCAGGGUUAUGACCCUCCUGAGGGCUUUGUACCAGACCUGACCAGACCCCUGCUGGACCAUUCGUACGAUUUCAACCAAUUGGAUGGUCCCACCCGCAUCAUUGUGCCUUUUGUGACCUGUGGGGACCUGAGUGCUUAUGAUUCGGAUCGCAGUUACCCACUGGAUCUGGAAGAUGGCUCCGAGUACAAGUAUACUCCACCCACACAACCCCCCAUUUCACCCCCAUACCAGGAGGCCUGCACAUUGAAGAAGAAGGGGCAGCUGGCCAAGGAGAUCCGUCCCCAGGACUGCCCCAUCAGCAAAGUGGACACAUCCCAGCCCCUGGCCAAUCCUCAGUGCCACAGCCUGCUGGGCUCUGAGAUGGAAGACAAUGAAAUGAAUUAUUCGUCUUAACACAGUAAGUUAGCUGGCAAGCUGAUACAACUUAGAAGCUGCUGCCUGUCAGGAAAAACAGAACUUGAGUCGAUGAACUUGUUUUCAAACAUCAGCAAGACUUGAACAGACAAGCCUGGUGUGGAAAUCUACAAUAACCUCCACAAGGACAACAAAGACAGAACUAGUGCAGAAGUCUGCUGCAAUAGAGUAGAACUUUCUUGAACUUGCGUGAGACCUACCUCUUCUCUAAACCUCUCUCGGGGUGUCCAGAACUUCCCCUGAAAGCAGGAAUUUUACCUGGAUAGAUGUCAGGUGUAUCCAAUGUACUUGAUGGAGGAAACUAUUACAUCUUUAUUUUCAAUAAAACUGAAAUUUAGUUUUACUCCCAGUUAUGAAUGCUGCCCACAAAUCACAACAGUAAAAGUGGUACCUGCAAUUUUCCCAUCAAUGCAAGUCAGUUAUUUUUUGUUUCAUUACAAUUGUUACAGACAUCUUAAAAUAUUAUUCACAUUCUUUACCACUUUGGAUGACAACAGAUCUUAUAAUCUGAUGUUCUAAUAAAAAUCCAA